UGUCCCAUCUAUAUUGCGUAGCAAUAGAUUUCGCAGAGAUGCCAGAGCCUUGGAGGAGGAUGAAGAAAUGUGGUUCAAUGAGGAUGAAGAGGAAGAAGGUGAAGCUGUUGUACCUCCAGUUGAGAAGUCAAAACAGGAGGAUGAUUUUCCAGAUAGCUAUGAAAAAUUUAUGGAAACUAAAAAAGCUAAGGAGAGUGAAGACAAAGAGAAUCUUCCAAAAAGGACUUCUGCUGGGGGAUUCAAAUUCACUUUUUCCCACUCAGCCAGCGCAGCCAAUGGUGCAAACAGUGCAAACAGCAAAUCCGUGGCAGCUCAGACACCACCGGCGAGCUCCAACGGCUCCUCCUCCAAGAGCACGACCCUGACCACGGCGGUGGCGGCCACGAAGGGAAGUCUAGUUGGCCUAGUGGAUUAUCCUGAUGAUGAAGAUGAUGACGAAGAGGAGGAGACAUCUCCAAGGAAAAGACCUCGUCUGGGUUCAUAAAUGAAACCAAAACUCUGGAAUAAAAACUUUAUUACGGGGUUUCAAAUGCUGCAACUGUUUUAAGAGCUAAAAAGGAUCUGAUUCAGAAAGCUGUCUCCCACGAGUAUGUAAGAUAAUACAAGGAGUAGCAAAAGAAACUCAGUGUACCAGCUAGAAAGGGUUAGUUCUGUAAACACACGGCUUCCAAGGAACUUAAUGUCUUUCUAGUAAGUAAGGAGUCUGCAUUCAGGCUGUCAA